AUGGAUGGCGUGAAGAAAAUACACUCGGGAACACUGUAUAGGAACGGUCCUGUGGAGGGUGCGUACGGGUCGCAACACAGUCCGGUGUCGCGGUCCGACGCCUCCACCGAGGACGCGGAGCUCUCUGCGGCACUCGCACACCAGCACCAUCUCGCUAUGCAGGCUGGUGAAUAUCCAGGAGUGGUGGGCUCUGGCGUUGAUCCGGACUAUGGACAAUAUGUAUCCUCACCGGCGGCACAUUAUAAUCACAUGGGACAUCUCACCAUGGCACCAUCACAGAAGUACCCACACGUAAUGGAUUCUGUAUCUGUAAGCGGUGGAGGCAGCUACGCGGGUGCUGGUGGAGCAGGACACUACGGGACCUAUGGUCAUUAUGGCACUGCAGCAUACCAACCACAGCCUACCUACAUGGUGGAGACUACCCAAGUGCCACCUUAUAUGGGACAAGAGUAUGUCGAAGGUGGCGGCAGUGCGUCACCUCGAAGUGCUUCCCCAGGCGCGUUACCACAACAUAAUUUACAUUUACAACAAAGGUACGAUUCAGCGUCACUAGAACAACUGGGACGACAUUACUGUGUGACGUCACCGCGUGGCGAGUAUGCACCUGAUGCGUACGGCUACCAGCACUACCCCACGGCCUACGAACCUCCUCAUCAACCUGCGCCUUUUAAGGAUUCACAAAAUGGAUUAAGUCUAGGCAGCGCUGGAGGACAAUCGAUGUAUGGUGACGACGAGGAAUUACAGAAGCAAAUGGCUAACAUGGCAUUAGUUCACGGUGGUGUCGGCCGAGAAGAAACAGGUGGACUACAAUGGCGCGACCCGAAUCUACCAGAAGUGAUCGGUUUUCUCAAUUCUCCUUCAGACGUGGUCAAAGCCAAUGCUGCCGCUUACCUUCAACACUUGACGUAUAUGGAUGAUCCUAACAAACAGAAAACUAGGAGUCUAGGUGGCAUUCCGCCUUUAGUGCGAUUAGUGUCGCACGAGAACCCCGAGGUGUGUCGCAACGCGUGCGGCGCGCUGCGGAACCUGUCGUACGGGCGACAGAACGACGAGAACAAGCGCGCCAUUCGCGACGCGGGCGGCAUCCCCGCUCUCAUGGCGCUCCUGUGUCGGGCUACCGAUAUGGAGGUCAAGGAGCUGGUAACAGGCGUGAUAUGGAAUAUGUCAUCCUGCGAAGAUUUGAAACAGUCCAUUAUAGAUGAUGCAGCUCAAGUAAUUGUCAACAAAGUCAUUAUUCCUCAUUCGGGCUGGCACCCCACCAACCCAGGCGACACUUACUGGUCUACUAUAUUCCGCAACGCGUCGGGCGUGCUGCGCAACGCGUCGUCGGCGGGCGAGUACGCGCGGCGGCGCCUGCGCUGCCUGGGCGGGCUGCCCGAGGCGCUGCUGCACGCCGUGCGCACGGCGCUGCAGGUCAACGCCAUCGGCACCAAGAUCGUCGAGAACUGCGUCUGCGUGCUCCGGAACCUCUCCUACAGAUGUCAAGAAAUCGAAGACCCGUUGUACGACACGAGGGCGCCACCUACGCAAUCAUCCGGACAGGCCAGAAUACAAGCGAGCGCAUCCAAAGGAGAGAAUCUCGGCUGCUUCGGCGGCAGUAAAAAGAAGAAGGAAGGCUCGUCAUCAUCAAACUCCACCUCCCCUCUCGGCAAGAGCGAGCCGGAACCUCAACCUUUAGGUGACACGGGAGGUACACAGCUUGGGUACUCUGUGCCUAAAGGAACUGAGAUGCUUUGGUCCCCAGAGGUCGUACCUCUCUACAUGGCUUUACUUCAAACUUGUUCUAAUCCUGAAACGCUGGAAGCUGCGGCUGGAGCACUACAGAACUUAGCGGCGUGCUACUGGCAACCAUCUAUUGACAUAAGGGCUGCUGUUAGGAAAGAGAAAGGCCUACCAAUCCUAGUGGAACUUCUUCGCAUGGAAGUAGACCGUGUGGUUUGUGCGGUCGCAACUGCUUUACGGAACCUCGCGAUUGAUCAACGCAAUAAGGAACUUAUUGGGAAGUACGCGAUGAGAGAUCUAGUUCAGAAGCUUCCUAGCGGAAACCAUCAACACGACCAGGGAACAUCAGACGACACGAUAGCUGCCGUCCUGGCGACACUGAACGAGGUUAUAAAGAAGAGCGGCGAAUUCUCUCGAUCGUUGCUGGAGGCGGGCGGUGUGGAGCGACUGCUCAACCUCACCAAGCAGCGACACCGCCAUACGCCCAGGGUUCUCAAGUUCGCAGGACAAGUGCUGAUGACGAUGUGGUCACACGCGGAGCUGCGCGAGGUGUACCGCAAGCACGGCUGGCGCGAGGCCGACUUCCUCACGCCAGCGCGAGCCGCACAACCGCGCGCUCCCUCCACCACCAGCGGUCAGGGUACGCCGUCGUCGGGAGCUGGCGCGCCUCACUCACCCAGCAACGCAAACAGCACCCUCAGCCGGCCCAUGGCGUCGACAGGCGGGACCCGUUACGAAGACCGCACUAUUCGCAGGCAUCGGGAGAACGAUGACAUGCCAGCGAUGGAGGCGAAUAAUUACCACGAUGGUUUAGGCAUGGGGAAUCCGAACGGGCGGCCCAUGAAUUUACAAGGCGUGCAAGCACAGAUGCCCAUGCCGCCUAGCAGUCGUUAG